CAAUGGCGUUCAGAGGAAGAAAUUUACGCCUCUCGAUUUAUUUAAAUUGAUUUAUUAGCGUAUUUAUUGCAUUUCCUGCAUAUCAUUUUCAGAAAUUGAACUUCUAAGCUGUCAGAAUGACGUCAAUAUUAGAUCAGUAUGAAGCUGAUUCAGCUCGGACUACAGGAACAACAUUUUCAGCACAGAUGUCUUAUCAAGAACCAAUUGGUGCUGGUUUUAUUGAUGCAAGAUUAACUGAAGAGCAACCAAUAUUUACCAAGAAAAAAGUUAAUUUCAAACCACCCGAUCAGUUAACACAUCUUGUUGUUAGUAACAACUUUCUGGUGAUGGCCAUGAGUAGUAAUAUUCUAUUACGAUUAGAUCUAGAACAUCCAGAUCAGCCAGAUGAGGUGGAGUUACCAAGAGCAUUAGAUGAUAAAGUUUACAAGAUCUUCCUUGACCCAACGGGACGUCACAUGAUCAUCAGCAUGAACUCAAUGGAGAGUUAUUAUUUAUCUCGCAACUCCAAAAAACCCAAAGCAAUCACAAAAUUAAAGGGUCACCAUAUUGAUUCUGUAGGUUGGAACUGGCAGAAUGCUAACAAUAAUACAACUAGUGCUAUAUUGAUAGGUACAAGUAAAGGUAUUAUAUAUGAAACAGAAUUAACGGCCAAUGAAGACAGUAAAUUCUUCCAGGGAUCUUUAGAUCAGUAUUUAAAACAGUUAAAGCUAGCAUGUAAGCCACACGAGGUAAGUAUCUUCUGA